UUAGUGGCAAAGCAGAGUAUAUGGCAGCCGGGGAGGGCGUGAAGGAGGCGUUGUUUGUGCCUGGCGUUCUGGCGUUCAUAGCGCCCGAGACGAGUGAGGCGAAGAUCAAGGUCCUUGAGGACAACAAGGGGGCUCUCGCCUUAAUCGAGCACCUGUUCAGCUCAGCGAGGAGCAAGCACAUCGACGUGCGGUUCCAUUUCAUUCGCGAGCUGUUCAAGUCGGGCAAGAUCACUGCAGAGUAUGUUCCGACUGGAGAGCAGCACGCCGACAUGCUGACCAAGGUCCUUGGCAGAGAGAAGUUAGAGUACCAC